UGCAGCAGCCAUUUGUGUUUGCCUUGAUUUGGUGUUGCUUGAGUGUUGUAUUUAAAAUUCGUUAUAAUGCUGAAUAAGUUUUGUGCUUCAGAUAUUAUGCGUGAAACCAUGGCUUCGUCUACACUUUCAAUGAAGUCUAGUGAAUCCCAAAGGGUGUCUUGAGCACUACCUUAGUUAAAUAAUUUAGAUAAUAUUUUUUCUGAUAUUAUUCUUCUCUUUAUUUUUUCUUUCAUGUUUUUUAAUGUUGUCACACAGUAUUGCCAACUAAAACAAUCUUAUCAUUUCUGCUCAAGAUAAGAACCACUGAGUUUUUAGUGUAUAAUCAAGACAGUUGUCUUUUUGUUCUUAAAUUAAAAGUUACUUUACUAAAGAGUUUUUAUAUAAUUUGUCAUUAAAAAUAAAACCAUGGCUUCAAGUGACCCUGAAAUUAAGGAUGGAUUUACCCUGCCAACUUGGAUGAAAACCAAACCAGUGAAGGAGUAUGAACCUUUUGCCAGCUCGCCGCCUGCUCCCGAAGAUUCAUUUUUCUACAUAAGAUACCCAAAACCCGAGGUAUUGUUUGGGAAACCGAAAUUUGACGCCGCGGGACCGAAAGUGUUCGCCGAGCCGUCAAACGAAGUCAAAGCCCCAUCAGCGUACAACGUAGUCAAGGAGAAGGACUGGUCGAAACAUACAAAACCGUGUCAAGACGUACUCCACGGCAUUGCACCAAUCAACACAGCUGUGAAGUCAGCUUCAUCUAAGCCGAAACCAGCUGGGACCGACGACGGAUUUAAAGGCGAAGGCGCGGCUUGCGGCACUUCUAUUGUCAAGGUGGCACAUCAGAUAAUCUCAUCGAAGUCAUCCCGUGGCUUUACGGUAGCCUCUCCCGAAGAGGAACACGCGGUUGCGCCGGAGAUGCAUCAGUACAACCUGAUGCACCGACGCGGCAGCAAGAGCCUGCCCGCCACGCCCGCGCACUCGCCACCCUCCAGCCCCACUUCACGCAGGAAAAUGAACGGCAAUCGGUUUUUCACAUCGCCAUACGAGCCGGUAGAUGAUCCUAACACGCCUAGAUCCUGGUUGUCUAUGGCUCUUCUCGGUUUGAAGAAGGAGCUCGCUACAUCUACUUCCACUUUAGCUGAAGAAGAGAAUCAUGAAACUUUGGCAAUUUCGCGAGGUAGUCUUGUCGAAUCAGUGGAAAACCUCGGUCCUUCGCCCAAGAGCAAAAUCUUACACAACUUGUCUCAAGAACCGUCCGCUCAGCAAGCCAAGCCAGUCAAACCACAGACCUUCAGACCGAAACCGUCAGAACUCCGCGAAAUGAACUUUUGGUCCCCUACGUCCAUGUGAUCCCCUGUGACCACACAGCAGUUACGCUUUAGGUUACUAUGACUACAAUAAUUGCGUAACUAAGGAGUACAUAACACACGUUUCUUUAUACGUGUCGGACGCAACGUACGCGCCCCGUUGGACAAGAUGUGUUUCACACUAUCUGAUACAUAGCCGUAUGAUUUUGUGUCUUAUUCUCGACGCUACAGGGUUUAUUCUUAAGCGACGAGGUUCACUGACAGUUGCUCUGAAGAUAUAAGAGCGAAGCCGUAAUGGGAAUUUGGUUAUUUCUAUAUUAACUUGUAUUUAGUUAAACGCAACAUCUUAAUCCUUUCCAUUUUUAUAUUCCAUUAUUGGUAGGCGUAUUGUGCGUAGGUCAUUUAAUGUUAGGUUGGUUGUAAUGUAGAAACACUUCAUACGAUAAGAUUUAAAGAUUUCUGUCCUAGUACCGGUGUAUUGUUCUUGAUUAUUUUUACGUAAAAAUAAUUUUGUAGCAUUCGAUAAUUUUUGUUAAUUACGUAAUAUUGCUUAUACUUUUUUAAUUAUACAAUAAUAACAUUUUGUGACUUAUACAAUAGUAAUCGUCUAUUAUUUGUUUAACUUCAGUUGGUUUGAAUGUAUGAGAGACUAUGACACGUUCCGUUGUGGAUAAUGUGAUAUUAUUUAUUUUAAAGCGCGUUCUUUUUAGUUUCAGAAUUGUAAACGCGUAUACUUUUUAAGUAUUAAUAAUUAAGACUUAUAAUUUUUUUUGGGUAAAUGAAAACAUUGAAAAAGAAGACAAUUCGUUUUAAAGCAUAAUAUGAUAUUAAUGAGCAGAAGUAAUAAGAUUGUAUUUAGUAUUAAGUAAUUCUUAAAUCUUGAUAUAAUAUAGUUCUAAGCACAAAAUAUACCACAAAAAUAAUAUUUAACUAAUAAAUAUUGUUGAUAUGAACUCA